GGAAUCGAAAGGCCAGCCGAGUAUGAAGUGAUAGAUUUGCCUCCGACUAGGAUUGAUGUCAAAGACAAUAAAAACACCGAUAAGAGCCCAGAGAAGGCUAAUUACGGCAAAGAUGUGCCAAAACCUAUGCUAAUGAAAGGCAGCGGAGGCGCCACCGCCCGGAGGCCUCGUGUGGAGGGCCGUCGGAGUACGUCAGACCCGGUGCGCGAUCGACUGACCGGAGCCCCAAUAGCGCAGUCAUCGGUGGUCCGUCGGGGCAGUACAGCGAUGCCCUAUCACUUCGCAAUGCCAACCCCUCCGCCCUUUGGAUUCAUGAAGCCUACGGUGGCCUCACUUAGGGCUCGCUAUGAGAGGGACGAUAUGGAGGGCACAGCCAUUUCAGCCAGAGAUCGGUAUAGGAUUUCCGAAGCGGACAGUUAUCGUAAAGCUGAGGAACUGAUGAAAGACAAGAAACAGGAAGAGGAGAGGAAUAAGAGAUACGAGGAUUGGUUGCGAAAGUUGGAUGAAGUGAAUGUCAUCCCACAGUCCGCUAAGGAAAGGGUGAAGAAGUUGGAGGAAGAGUUGUUCCGCAUUAAGAAGGCGUCGGACGACAGUGAGUCCCAAAUGUCCAGAGCCUACAGG